GGGGAACCGCGGGUGGGAGGGGAAUGCCAGCCUGAACAACUUCCUACGAGGCGGCACGAAGAGGAAGAAAGGAGAGGAGGAAAUAAAUAAAUAAAUACAUGAAACCAGGGCGACCUUUUCAACUCCUGCCAACGUCGGCCGGUCCCUGCCCCUUGGCAGCGUGGAGGAAGCGAUGAAUGGGCCCCAGAGGGAGGAGGCGGCGGAGAAAGAGAACCAGGAGGAGAGCGAGGAGGAGGAGGAGAAGGGCUCCCGGUCGCCGUCCUCGUCAGCCCUCGCUGCUCCUGUUGCCGCCGCCCGGCAUCCCCCCCUCUCCCCUUGACUGGCCGCCCUUGCCCAGAGGAGGGGGACACCGCAGGCCAAGUCUAUCUGCGGGCAGCCCUGCCUCAGCCUCUCCCCCUUUCCCCCCCUUUCUUGUUUUGGCGGGCGGGCUGCAAUGCCUCUGCCAUGACCCCGGAGUGAAGAAGCCGGAUUCCACACGGGGAGAGCGCCCUUGGCCCCCCACGCCGCCUCGCCCUUCUUGCCUGACUGCAAAGACCAUGAGGAGCCUCCCGCGGGGGCUUCUCCUCCUCCCCUUUCUCCUCUGGCUGUGCCUCGGCGAGAUAAGAGCGGCUCCUCUGUGUUCCAACAAUUGCAGUUUCAUUGAUAAUACAGAAAUAUCAAUAUCAACAACGGAAAUUCAUAUCAAGUUGCCUGUUGACUUUAAUAUAAGCAGUGUAACUUUUGCAAAUGGAACAGAAGUAAAUACUUCAAUAUCCAAUGGCUCAAUAUCUGCACUUGAUCCUGGCACAGAAUAUAUUAUUUAUUUUAUGAAUUCUACUGAAACAUGCUGCAAAUUCAUUACAACAAAACCUAGUCCAGUUUCUGCCUUCCAUGUUGAAAACAUUACUGCUACAAAUGUGAGUUUAACUUGGAAAUAUGAUGGCCUAAAUGUAUACAAAUAUUUAGUACAAAUAGAGGGAAAUGGGACAAAUUGGAAUGCAUCCUUUGAUACCACCAGUGCCACGAUUAGUGACUUGGAACCCGCCACAUUGUACACAUUCAGCAUCUUUCCAGUAGCAGCUGAUAGACAUACUCUGGGAGAGCCAAGAAAUACUACUGCUUUUACAAAGCCCAGUCCUGUUUCUGAUCUCCAAACAGGAACUAUCACGAAUUCCACAAUAGCUUUGGAAUGGAAAAAUAGUGAUUCUAAUGCCUUUAGUUACACGUACAGAAUACAAAUUGAAGGAGACACUCCUCCCAGGAAUGAAUUUUCUAAUGCCACCAGUAAAGUAUUAGAGAACCUGAAUCCUGGAACAUCGUACACAUUCAGAAUCUAUCCAGUAGCAACUUAUAAUCAAACUGAAGGAGAUGCAGAGCACAUAACCGUUUUUACAAAACCCAGUCCAGUUUCUAUGCUCCGUGUUGAAAAUAUCAGCAAUACUACAGUAACUUUAAAGUGGGACAGGAGUGAUUCGGAUGCUUCUAAUUAUACGUACCGAAUAAAAAUUGAAGGAAAUGAUACUAUCAGGCUUGAAUUUUCCAACAAUACCAAUAUAGAAGUUUGGAACCUGGAACCUGGAACACAGUACACAUUCAAAGUUUUUGCAGUAGCAGCGGAUAAUGCCACUGAGGGAGAUUCAGAAGACAUAAUCGUUUAUACACGACCUAAUCCAGUUUUUGACAUCCGUAUUGAAGACAUCAGCACCACAACAGUGAGCUUAACAUGGAAAAAUGAUGACCUACGUGUUUUUAACUAUACUUACCGAAUAAAUAUAAGUGGAAAGAGCGCUCCCCGGAAUGAAUUUUCUAAUAACACCAGUGCAGUAAUUUGGAACUUGGAACCUGGAAUACAGUACACAUUUAGCAUCUGUCCAGUAGCAGCUGAUAAUCAUACUGUAGGAGAACCUGAGAAUAUAACUGCUUAUACACAACCCACCCCAGUGUAUGACAUCUCUGCUGAAAAUCUCACAACUGACACAGUAACAUUACAGUGGAAAAACCGUGAUCCAGCUAAUUCUAGUUACACUUACUGGAUAACAAUAGAAGGAAAUGGCACUUCUAAAAAUGAAAAUUCUUCUACCGAAAGAUUUGUCAUUAACAGCCUGGAGCCUGGAACAUUGUAUAAAUUCAUCAUCUAUUCAGUAGCAGCUGAUAAUAGCACUCAUGGAGAUCCAAAUGAUACAGCUAUUUAUACGAGACCUCAUCCAGUUUCUUACAUCUUUAUUGAAAGCUUCAGCAAUACAACAGUGAAUUUAACCUGGAAAAACCAUGACCUACAAGCUCCUAGUUACACAUACCGAAUACAAAUAGAGGGAAAUGAUACUUCUCGAAAAGUAUUGUCUAAUACCACCAGUGAAGAAAUCAGCAAUCUAGAACCUGGAACAUCAUAUACAUUCAAUAUCUUUACAGUAGCAGCUGAUCACAAAACUGAAGGGGACUUAAACACGACAACUCUUUAUACAAGGCCCAGUCCAGUUUCUAACAUCCACACCGAAAUCAUCAACACCACAACAGUGAAAUUAACAUGGGAAAAUGGUGACCAACGUGCCUCCAGCUACAUUUACCAAAUAAAGAUACAAGGAAAUAAUUCUGUUGAUAAUGCAUAUUUUGAUAAAACCAGUUCAGUAAUUAAUAACUUAGAGCCUGGAACAUCAUACAAUUUUAGCAUCUAUCCAUUAGCAGCUGAUAACAAAACUGAAGGAAGUGCAAAUACUGCAACUGUCUAUACAAAGCCAAGUUCAGUGAACAGCAUCAGUGUGACAGAUAUCAGUACAACAGUGGUCAACGUAACAUGGAAAAAUCCUGACAGAGCUUCUCCUCGGUAUUCCUACAGGAUACACACCAGUGGGGGAGAUGUUGAGAACAUGACAUCCCCAACCACUCACAUAGAAAUUUCAAAACUGAGCCCUGGUACUUCUUACACAUUUAGCAUAUAUUCAGUAGCAGGAAACAAGACGGAAGGAAGUCCCAGCAGCAUAAAUCACUGUACAAAUCCAGCUCCAGUGGAUGAACUAUCCUGUAACCCUGUGGCCAAGCAGCCGGAAUUGAUUUUAAACUGGAGUUUUCCAAAUGGGAAAUACGAAGGUUUCAAUAUUAAAGCAUUAAAUAAUAAACCGCCUGAAAUGCUUGGCAAAGAAAACAAAACUUCAAUAAAAAAUUUGGAUUACUUUACCAACUAUACUAUUACAGUCAUUACACGUUCAUGUGAAAAGGAGAGCUCACCUAAAGAAAUUAGAUGCAGAACAAGUAUUACUGAUCCCCCACCACCAUCUCAGCCACCUAACGUUGUAGCAAGAAGCCACUCCUCUUUGAAAGUUCAGUUUGAUAACUUUAAUUCAAGUAAUGGACCUGUAACUGCUUAUGCAAUAAUUGUCACAACUGCAGAUGUAGCCUCUCCCGAAUCCUUACAAUACACCUAUGAUGAUUUCAUCCAGAAGAAAACAAACUCUUACGUUGCAUCUGUCAUCACAGCCAAGCAAAAGCGUUCAUCUUCCUUCCACAGCAGUCAACCUUUUGACAGUAAUAUUGGAGAUGGAUCUAAAGUCUAUGGUUAUGUCAAUGGGAAGCUAGAGCCUCUUGGUUCAUACAGGGCAUGUGUUGCUGGUUUCACUCAAAUUGCUUUUUUGAAUAAGACUGUUGAACUCAUCAGCAAGGAGGAGAGUUACGUCUCAUUUUCACCAGUUUCAGACUCUGUCACCUUACCUCAGAAUCCAGAUGUCAUCAUAGGAGCUGUUGUUGGGUGUCUUCUGGCUGCAAUCGUGAUUGCUGCAGCAGUGGGAUUCAUCUUCUGGCAAAAGAGAAGGCAUGGUGGAAAAAAUAACGAAGUGCCAUUUUCUCCAAUUGAACCUAAAAAAUCAAAAUUAAUUAAAGUUGAAAACUUUGAGUCUUAUUUUAAGAAACAAAAGGCUGAUUCAAACUGUGGCUUUGCAGAAGAGUAUGAGGAUCUGAGGCCAGUUGGUGUCAAUCAGCCCAAAUUUGCAGCUGAAGUGCCUGAUAACAAAGGAAAAAACAGAUAUAAUAAUGUUUUACCAUAUGAUAUUUCUCGUGUUAAACUUUCCACUCAGAGUCAUCCAGGCAGUGAUUACAUCAAUGCAAACUAUAUGCCAGGAUACAAUUCAAAGAAGGAGUUCAUAGCCGCACAAGGUCCUCUGCCCACCACUGUGCAAGAUUUCUGGCGCAUGAUCUGGGAAAAGGAUAUUUAUACCGUGGUUAUGUUAACUAAAUGUGUUGAACAAGGCAGGACAAAAUGUGAGGAAUACUGGCCAAACAAACAAUCCAAGAGCUAUGGAGACAUAACUGUAGCCAUGACCUCAGAAAUUGUCCUUCCAGAGUGGACAAUAAGAGAUUUUUCCAUGGAAAAGAGCGAUUCAUCGGAAAGUCACCCUGUGAGGCAGUUUCACUUCACUGCCUGGCCAGAUCAUGGCGUUCCGGAAACGACUGAUCUCCUCAUUAGCUUCAGGCACUUAGUUCAAGAAUACAUGAAGCAGAACCCACUGACGUCUCCAACUCUAGUGCACUGCAGUGCCGGUGUUGGGAGGACAGGAACUUUUAUUGCAAUUGACCGUUUGAUCCAUCAAAUGGAGAUGGAGAAUACAGUUGAUGUGUAUGGUGUCGUAUAUGAUCUUCGCAUGCAUCGGUCCUUAAUGGUGCAAACAGAGGACCAGUAUGUCUUCCUAAACCAGUGCGUUCUGGACAUUAUUAAGUCUAAGAAAGAGACGAAAACAGAUCUUAUAUAUCAAAAUACAAAUGCCAUGGCAAUCUAUGAGAACUUUACACCAUCACCACACACUGGGAAGGCAAAUGGAUACCACAUAUAACUGCCAAGGAAUGACUUGCCUCCUGCCUAUGACGUGGGAGAGGGAAUACGCACUGGUUUUAUUUCCUCUUUAAAGAGAAAUACUUCUUUUCCAUUUUUAAGCAAUGGACCUGAAUAUGCACAUCCUAAAAAUCCCAGUAGGAACUGUGGUUUCUAUAUAGUGUUAAAGGGAAAAUAUACUGUAUUUUGCAAAGGAGUUCUGCUGUGAAGAAGUUAAAGAAGACUCGUGUUAUUGGUGAACUGAACUUAUACCAAUGAAAUCAUGAGAUAUGUUAAAAAAGAAAUACUUUUUAAUUAGUUUAAAAAAUUCCAUGCUCAGAUGUGUUGGUUACUGGUUCUUUUCUAAGUGUCCCAGAGAUGUUAGCUUGCAUGUAUUGGUUACUUCAACCAAUGACUGUCUACAUAAGAGGGACUGUAAGAUCUUUCUCUUUAAAAGCAGAACACAGAACCUUUUACAGAUAGGAUAUUUUAUUAUGAAAUUGUGCCUUUUUUCUAGCUAUUUUGCUAAAUACAACAUUAUCAGAGUGCUAUAUUUUUAUAUCAAUUUUUUCAAUUGAAAUGGAGCAUUUAAAUAAGGCUAAUAUCAGUUUUGUAUGUGGAAUAUCUUUUCCUGGUUCUUCCCUAGUAAAGAAGAUGCACCAUUCAUUGUAUUUACCCUUUCAUCUUCAAAAACUUUAUUACUGAGUAAAUUCACUGGAUCAUGUGAGGCCAAUAACAUCUGGGUGAUAUCUUGGUUGUAUCAAGGGCAGAGCUUUUUUU